AUGAGGUUUAAAGCGGAGAUUAAAAAAUGUCGAGUGUUUGUGGAACUCAUUGGGAUGUUCUCUUCAUUGGGAUCACAAAUAGUCUUUGCAAUUGGUAAAGACGUGUUUUAUAUUGUUUACAAAGAUGCGACUACACAACUUUACUGUCUUGCAUCUCUUGAAGUUGAUAUUCUGUUCAACACAUUCGACUACGCAGCAAAGGCCGAUGACACGUUGUACCUCAUAGUGGAAUCAGACAGUCUCCAGAAAGUCAUGCAAAGUGUGAAAGAAGUUGAAACCUGUCUGAUCACACUUACGAAAAGUUCUGACACGAGUAGUCCAUGUCUUAAUUUUAAAACGACGGUCGACCAAAUCGAAGUCACACAAGAAGUGUUAGUGAGUAUCUGUAAAAACGCGGAAGAGCUUUACAAACAACCCACCGCUGAUGCACAGCCAGAUGUAUCGGGACAACUUCACUCUUUAAAAGCAAUGAAACAAGCCAUUGACAAGAUGUCUGAUCUCUCUGAAAAUGUCAUGUUUUCAACGUCCUCAAAAGGUGAUUUAAAGCUUUCGUGCGAGAGUCGACAAAGUAAAAUGGAAGUGAUUUUUUCCACAAAUGAGACUGAAAUUGAAGAGCCACUCUUUUGUUGCCAAAUACGCUCAAAACAUUUCAAGAAGUUCUUUACUCUUGAAAAAUUAGACCCAACCCAGAGUGAAUAUUUUUAUCAAAAUGGGUUGUACUUGAUUCUUAAAGCAACAAUCAGUGUCGGGACUGUCAUCCUUUACCUCCCCACCGUCCAGACGUCUUAA